AUGUCCGUUUCCAUUGCUUCCCGUACACCAAAGCGCUCAGUGGGGCAUCUACGCGGGGAAAAGCCAACAGGUGUGCAUAUGAACUGUAAAAGGCUUUAUAGCGUACGAGACAUUUGCCUUGACAAUUACGACACCGAAUACAUGUACCUGCGUGAGAACCGACUCACUAAAUUUGAUGUGGAGGUCAAGUUGCAAUACCUUCGCAUCCUGGAUUUAUCCAUCAAUAACAUCGGCGGUGCGGUUGAUUUUCUUAAUAAAACUCCACAUUUGCAUCACUUGUACAUGACUGGGAAUAAGAUUGAGACUCUGCUUGGCAUAUCUAACUUUGCAGCACUUGAAACCCUUUGCCUCAGUGAUAAUGCUAUCAGCAGUUUUGAGGGACUCGAAAAUCUGCCUUCCCUCCGUGUGCUGUCACUUAACUUCGACAGUAUCUCGACGUUUAAACACUAUCCCACUCUUCCCAACCUCCACACCCUUAACCUUGUGGGUAAUCCGAUCACUGAAGUGCCCUCAUAUCGUAGCAUGGCCAUAGCCAUCAACUCUCGCAAUCUGGUUUCGAUUGAUGGUAACCCUAUUCAGGGGGGUGAGCGAGCGGCAGUCGAGCAUUACCGAGGCAAGAUCGCUCAGUGUAUCCGCGAGGGUUUUAUAGUGGAGGGUGAAAACGUUGAAGAGGCUGCGGGAGCUUUCCUCCUCAGGUCUCAACAUCAGAACCAGAGGCCUGAAUAUCUGCAGCUAUGCGCUAUCAGCCUUUCCUCUACUAAGGACGGCGGCACUAUCUUGAUGGAAGGGUUCCCGGUAGCGCUAUCCCUAUGUAUGCAGGACAUUCGCCCGUACGAGGAUCGGAUUUCGAAGGUGUUCCACUCGCCCUACUUCUACCCUGUCAUCUUUCAGGUAUCCGGGGAAGCAACUGAAGUUUUUGUUGUGGGCUCCAUGAACAAUUGGACUGACCCCAUCAAACUUGAGCGCUGCGAAAAAGAUGGUGAGAUUUGCUUCCAAACGACUCUAUACUUGCCUGCGGGUGAUUACGAGUAUCGGUAUAUAGUGGAUGGCGUUGAGAAAGUUUCCGAUACGAAUCGUAUUACUUCCAAGUACAAUCAGGGAUUUUGCAAUCUGUACCAGGUUACUCAACAAGAACCGAAUAAAGAACCACAAGACACUAUUUUGCAUGUUCGAUGGAUGCGCAGCCACGGUAGCGGCGUUUUCGAGAUCAUUGAAAAUGAAAAUUCGCUUCUGUACACGCCGACGUUGGAUGAUAUCAACGCCUACCUGCGUGUGGAAGUGCUUGGUUAUGUGGAUGGUGAAUUCUCUUUCUUGUACUUCGACCUGUCUUCUCCAAUUGUGAAUUCUCCGCCAUACUGCGCUAAUUUACAGAUCAAAGGGAGCCCUGUAGAGGGGUCUGUGCUUACGGUGGCGGCUGAGUACAGUGGUGGUAUCGAGGGACACUCUUCUAUCACUUGGUUUCGCAUACCUAUCGACGGCAAUGAAGUUCCUAUCGAUUUACAGGAUCCAUCGGAGGGCUAUAAACUCACUCGUGAAGAUAUUGGCUGUUGCAUUCGUGUGGAGUUUACCCCUGUACGUAACGAUUGGGUAGCUGGUGAGCCUAAGUCUGUCAUUGUUGGGCCAAUUACCCCUGGCGUACCUGAAUGUGAGUCUAUCAAGAUUAUUGGCAACUUAUAUGAGGGAAGUCAGCUGGAGGUAGAGGUCGUGUACACUGGAGGUGAGCAAGGUGACAGUGUCUACCAAUGGCUACGAAAAGUUGAUGCUGACAGUGAGGCGUACAUACCCAUCGAAGGAGAAAAUGGAACUAAAUACACACUUACCGCUGAGGAUGUUGAUAAGUGCUUGGCAGUGGAAUACACGCCUGUGAACAGUGAGGGCAAGAGUGGCGAAACAUGUCGCUGCGUUCUUGAAGACCCUAUAAAAGCUGCCCCGCCCAGGAUUACAAAUUUACUGAUUUCUGGGGAGCCAUGCGAGGGCCACACGCUUGCACUCGAGUAUGAAUAUUCGGGUGGAACAUUCGGCGAGCAUAUUAUACAAUGGUAUCGCCACCAUCCUGAUACUGACGAUCGUAUAUUGGUUGGUUCCCCUAACAGUGUUUAUUUGAAGCUGUCAAGAGAUGAGGUCGGAUGCUUCAUAGGAGUGACCAUGAUACCGGUUCGCUUUGACGGUGAGCGCGGGCAGCAAGUCAGGACUCAGAUGGACGUGGUCGUUGCCGCCGCGAAGCCUGAAGUAAAGUGCAUAAAUAUGGUUGGUAAUCCAGUUCCAGGUAAUGAAAUUUCUGUCCAGAUUGAGUGCACUGGAUGUGAGGUUGAUGAAUCAGCCAUCGAAUGGGAAAUAGAGGACCCUGACACACACAACUUCAGACUUGCUGCUCGUGGCAUCAGCCGAUACAUUGUAUCUGAGCAUGAUGUCAAUAAAACACUUAGGGUGAUAUACACACCUGUGACAGAAGAUGGUGUUGAGGGCGAUACCAAGUGGCUUUCGAUUCAAAUUCAAGGUGGGGAAAUGGUUCCAGUCGAGGCUCAGAUUCAUCAUGCUGAUCCGUCUUCCAUUGAGAACAUGACGUCAGAGUACAAAAUGGGUACCCCCGUUGUGGAGGACAUGUUUGCCAAGAAGGCUCUAUUAAAUAAUACAGCAGCAACAGAGGAGAGCGGAUCGGGCCCAGAAGGUGCAGCAAACCGCACCCACAGUAUUUCUGAGGAUUUGAAUUCUGUUCACGAAGACCUAAAGGUGAAUGCUGUCUCUCAGGGGUCCGCUUCACAUAAGCAAAAUGAUACAAAGACGAUCUCAAAUGACUCUGCUACACCCCGGGCUCCGCGGGAAGAAUCAAGUACGCCACAUUGA